AUGACUAUUCGACCCGGUUUAAGCAAGCGGCCAAGCUCCAACAGCAAAGACGUGUCGCCACCUCCGCCGAAGCGGCGGCAGCAGUCAGCCACAACAAGCAAGGCAGUCGCCAAUUUCUUCACACCAGCUUCGAAGAAAGAGCCAGAGAAGAUGGUAUGGCGGAUUGUCAAAGACAGCUUGCUGGUUGGUCGCUUCAACAUAGGCGCGCAGUCAGCCACUCAGGGCAAGCGCAGAGUAGCAGCCUUUGACUUUGACUCAACCUUGAUUACAACUGCGUCUGGAAAGACUUUCAGUCGUGAUGCAAGCGAUUGGAAGUGGUGGGAUAGUAGCGUUCCAGGACGAUUGAAAGAGUUGCAUGCAGACGGCUUCCUUGUCGCUAUCAUCAGCAAUCAAGGCGGCAUCAGUUUGAGACCUAAUCCGAAGACCGUAAAAUCUGAUCAGAAGCGACUAGCGGACUUCAAGACCAAGGUAACAGCAGUCUUCAACCAGCUCGACUUUCCUAUAUCGAUAUAUGCUGCGACAAGCCGUGACCAGUAUAGGAAGCCCAGGACCGGGAUGUGGAACGAACUGCUAGAAGACUACGAUAUCGAGAAUGCGGAAUCUGUCGAUCUAGAGAACUCAGUAUUCGUUGGGGAUGCUGGUGGUCGCGAGGCAGUGGCUGGCGGCGUAAAGGACCACUCGUGUGUCGACAGAGAUUUCGCUGCUAAUCUCGGUAUACCGUUCCAUACUCCAGAAGAGUACUUCCGCCAUGAAGAUCCACGGCCAUUCGUUAGGGCUUUCGAGCCGAUGGCCUACAUGCAAGAGCGGGCUGAAAGCUCAACAACUGCACUAAACACUUUUACACCACCGGCAACCCCCGAGAUUGUCAUGUUCUGCGGUAGCCCCGGUUCAGGUAAAUCAUCGUUUUAUUGGAAACAUCUGCAGCCAUUCGGUUACGGACGCGUUAACCAAGACUUUUUGAAGACUCGCGAGAAGUGUGUAAAGGCUGCUACUGCACUCAUCAUAGAAGGCACGAGCGUAGCUAUUGAUAACACCAAUGCCGAUCCAGAAACACGAGCCGUGUGGAUUACAUUGGCGCAGAAGCUGAAAGUUCCCAUUCGAUGCGUACUCUUCACGGCCACGCCAAAGCUGUGUGAGCACAAUGAUACGUUCCGCGCACUGAAUAUUGGUCCAGAAACGAACCGUGAAUCUCGUACUAUCUUGCCACACGCUGCAUUCAGUGGCUUCGCUUCCAGAUAUCGCGAGCCUAAGCUUUCGGAAGGAUUUGUAGACAUAAUCAAAACCAAUUUCCAGUUUGAAGGCUCCGAGGAGCAGAGACUGCUAUGGAGCAAAUACUGGGUCUGA